AUGUCUUCCAUAUUUGGAGAAGAUCUCUGCUGUUCUGUCUGCCAUGACGUCUUUAAAGAUCCGGUUGUUCUGCCAUGUAGCCACAGCUUCUGUAGAGUGUGUCUGCAGAGCUGGUGGACAGAGAAGGAUAUCCUGGAAGAAGACUGUCCACUUUGUAAGACAUUUUCAAAUGACUUCCUACAUCCUUACUUUGCUCUAAGGAACCUGUGUGAGAGUUUCCUACAGGAGAGAGAUCAGAGAGCUUCAGAGGCUCUCUGCAGUCUGCACUCUGAGAAACUCAAACUCUUCUGUCUGGACCAUCAGCAGCCAGUGUGUGUCGUCUGCAGAGAUUCAGAAAAACACACCAACCACAGAUUCAGACCCAUCGAUGAAGCUGCUCAACAACACAAGAAGAAACUUCAGGAAACUCUGGAGCCCUUAAAGGAGAAGUUAAAGGUUUGUGAACGAGUUAAAGUGAAGUUUGAUCAAACAGCAGAACACAUGAAGGUCCAGGCCCGACGCACAGAGAGGCAGAUUCAGGAUCAGUUUCAGAAGCUCCACCAGUUUCUAGAGGAGGAAGAGGAGGCCAGGAUGGCUGCAGUGAGGGAGGAAGAGGAGCAGAAGAGUCAGAUGAUGAAGGAGAAGAUGGAGGCUCUGAGCAGAGAGAUAGCAGCUCUUUCAGACACAGUCAGAGCCACAGAGGACGAGCUGAGAGCUGAAGACGUCUCAUUCCUCAACAACAAGGCUGCAGUGGACAGAGUCCAGCAGCGCCCCCUGCUGGAGGAUCCACAGCUGCUCUCAGGAGCUCUGAUAGAUGAGGCCAAACACCUGGGCAACCUGACCUUCAACAUCUGGAACAAGAUGAAGGACAUGGUCUCCUACACUCCUCUGGUUCUGGACCCAAACACUGCUGGUUCAAGACUCCUCCUGUCUGAAGAUCUGACCAGUGUGAGACCAGGAGAGAAACAGCAGCUUCCUGAUAAUCCAGAGAGGAUCGAUGGUUACUAUUACUUCUCUGUUCUGGGCUCUGAGGGCUUUAACUCUGGGACUCACAGCUGGGACGUCCAGGUUGGAGACAGUGAAGUCUGGUCAGUCGGUGUGUUAGAAGAGUCCGUCCAGAGGAAGGGAGUCAUACCGUCCGGAUUAUGGAAAAUAGAGUUCUUCUACGGUAAAUACAACACGUUCUCCCCAUCGGAUCCAGACACUGAUCUCGUAGUCCAGAAGAAGCUCCAGAGGAUCCGAGUGAAUCUGGACUGGAACAGAGGAAAGCUGUGGUUCUCUGAUCCUGAUACCAACACACACAUACACACCUUCACACACACCUUCACUGAGAGGAUGUUUCCCUACAUUAACACUGUGGGCCUCCCGCUGAAGGUUUUACCAAUGAAGCUCUCUGUGACUGUAGAACAGGAGGACGAUGAUGACGAUGACGAUGAUGACAGCAACGAUGACGAUGACAGCAACGAUGAUGACGAUGAUGAUGACAGCGACGAUGACGAUGAUGAUGAUGAUGACAGCGACGAUGAC